AUGUGCACAGGUACAUUGGCAGAUGUCAAAGACAAACGAGAUGACGCACUUACAAGCUUUUUGUUGAUUAAUUUAACCUCGUCCAAGAGCAUCACAAGUAAUGAAUCUUCACAAGUUCCUACGUCUACCGACGCUAACGACCUUGGUCCAACGACAGAGGUAUAUAAUACAGCCGCAAACGUUGACGUUACGACCAACUCUGUUGUUGUUACGGAAACUGGUAGUCAAAAUAUUGUCGGAGAUGCAGCUGCCACAACGCCAUCCAUUGUAGAAACUCAAACAUCAGAUGUUUAUUUCUCAGAUGAAGGAAUAUUAGCCGAUUCCUUGUCACUCAUUCCCACUACCCAAGAGACGUCGCUACUACAGGAUGUGAAUGCUUUACAGCAUCAUCCUUCAGCACAGAUAGACACCCCAAUUCCUCAUCUAGAGACCUACACCCAACCAGAGCCUCCACUCGCUAAGGAUGACCAUAUCUAUCAGUUGUCUUCAGAUGUACAAUACCACCCGUCCGACGUGGCAAGCUCCACAAACACUCCUCAAGAGCCUGUCAUUGAUUUAUUGAAUUCGGGAACAUUUGCGACUGAGCCCCUAGUACAGCACUUUCCAUCCGAUGCCUUACCACCGACAGUUCCACAGUCUAAACCAAAUUUCACUGACGCAUUAACCAUCCCUGAUGACGCCUACAAGCACAACUUGUCAUCACCAGUGAUGUACGACGACGUCUAUGACGACUAUGGAGGAGCUAAUGGUCAAAAUGGUUUCGAAGCCUACGAUGAUCAUCCAAGCGAUGACUACACAGCAAUGGAUCAAGUCCCAGAACCAGAAGAAGCAAACUACGGUCUGGAAGAGUUAAGCGAGUCCGAUCUUGAACAACUGGACGACAAUGAUCUUCAGGAACUGGAAGAGGUUCUUGCUACAGCUGAUGACAAAUAUGAUGAUUUCGAGGAGUCCAAUGUAGCUGGUAAUCCAACUAAUUCUGGAUAUUCUGGAGAAGUCUUGGAUGAUUUUGGAGAAACGACUGCUUCCAAACAUAUUCCUUUCAAGAUACCAAAACACCAGAAUUAUCUUAAGACAUUGGAAAAUCUGAAACAUUUUUCGAAUGGUUUCCAUGGAUACACACAGCAACCAUCUUUUGAUGGAGAAGAAGCGGAAGACGAUGCUGACGACCACAUGAAUAUAUUCAAUACACAAGCUCCAGGUCAGCCCGGAAAACAUCUCUACAACGACAGACUCGUCGCACUCUUGGACAUUUACAAGAAAAACGCCAAUAGAAGACAUUUACAGGCGAAGCAGCGCAGAGGCAAACACCUUAAAUAUGACACCAAGGCUUUGAUGCAGACGUAUGAUGCUUUGAUGCAUAUCAAGCACCGAAAGAUGGGUCGCAAAGGAAAAUAUGUUAAGUCGUAUAAGAGUAAAGGUAACAGAUCAAAGCAAAUCAGGAGACUUCAAAGAAUCAAGAGAUUAAUGGCACUUGCAGCAAAACGAAAAGCAUCGAAAACAAAAACUGGUGGUAAAUCAGGACCUCAAAUAGCAUUAUCAACCAUUGCCAAAGCAGCCCAAUCCGCUGCUAACGACGCACCGAUGCUGUCAUUGAGCAGUCUACAGAAUGGAAUUAAGACCACAUUCCAACAUCCAAAUGAACCCACGAAUCCAAUUAAUGGAGUAAUGAACCAGAUCAACCAAGCAAUGUACUACCACCCAGAUGACCACCUGGCAUCACCGCAAUACCAUCCAGGAGAUGUCGCAUCAGGAUCUUCGGAAUCCACCAACAUACCACCCAAUCCCUUCCAGGCUCGGGAAAAUCAAAGGCAACAAAGACCGCGAUUCAUGGAGUAUGAUGAAAUUGAAUAUGAAGCCCCAGAAAUGGAAACGGAAUCAGAAGUUGAAGGGGAUGAAGCCGAAGAUGACUUCCUAAACAAUCUGUUCGGUGUCGCAACAGGAAAGCGUGGUAGUGGUUCAGGGUAUCAGAAUAAUGCUGCUCUUUAUGGAAAAAUCUUGGCAUCAAUGUUGCAUAUAACAACAAAGUCAUCGUAUAGAUUAUGGUUUUUGGGUAAUAGUACAGACACACAUAUAUAUACGCACGGGUCUUCAAAGUUAAGAACGAACCCAACCAUUGGGCAUUGGCAUCCAAUCCACAACCAGAUCAGGGCCGUCAAAGAUCCUGUGUGCGAAUAUCCAGCUUUGUAUAUAGUUGUAAAUAUGUCAGUUAAUAUGAUAAUGUAAUAAAGGUUGUUAAUAG